UAUUACUUCAUAAUACCCACAACAUAACAGUUUCAUACUCUACAACGUCAGUUCAAGUUCUAAGCACAAAAUAUAGAGAAAACAUCGAUCAUGAAGGUUGGAAGUUUGCAGUUGGUCGUUGCGGUGCUGGCUUUGGCCACUGCACUGACCGUGGCCUACGAUCCAGCCAUCCUCCAGGAUUUCUGCGUUGCCGUCAAGGACCGAACCUCUCCUGAUUCUGUGUUUGUGAACGGGAUAGCAUGCAAGAACCCAUCCCUGGCAACAAUCGACGACUUCACCCACUCGGGCCUGAACGUGCCCCGUGACACCAACAACAAAAUCGGCGCCAAUCUGACGGUCGUCGACACGACCGUGAUCCCAGGAAUCAACACCCUGGGGAUCAACCUCGUCCGGAUCGACCUCGCGGCCAACGGCGGGCUCAACCCUCCCCACGAGCACCCUCGGGCCUCCGAGAUCCUGAUCGUGGUGGAGGGCACGCUGUACGCCGGGUUCGUGGCGACGAACCCGGAGCACAGGCUCUUCGCUAAGGUUCUGGGUCCUGGGGACGUGAUUGUGUUCCCCGUGGGGCUUAUUCACUUCCAGUACAAUAUUGGCAAGACGCCAGGGCUGGCCUUUGCGGCGCUGGGAAGCCAGAACCCUGGGAUCAUGAGUAUUGGGAAUGCGAUGUUUGGGGCUCAGCCGCCGAUUAUGGGUGAGAUGCUGGCCAAGGCUUUCCAGUUGGAUAAGAAGGUUGUGGCUGGCCUCCAAAGCAAGACUUGGAUUAAUCCUGAAGGGGACAACUGAAUUGAGAUUUGAUGGGUAUGGGUGAGCUGUGUUACUGGCUUGGGAGAAGGGAGAAUAAGGCGGAAGGAAAUGUCCUCACUAUUUGAUUUCAGUUUAGUUUGUUGUUGUGCAUGCACUUUGAAUUCGAUGUUUUGAAUAAUAAUGACAAUAAAGUUCCCAUGGGUAUUUCGUUUU